AUGGUGUUCAAGACUGAAACGAUACAGCGAGUGACCAAGGUUCUGCUCAAUCAGAACUACUAUAACUUGUUGAUGAUUGAUAAGACAAAUGUCAUUGUUGGAAUUCUCCGAAAGAUGUGUAAAUGGAGCUGCUCCAGUAUCAUUGCAGAGUAUCGUCUCCUUAGUGGAAAAAAUUCCAACUACUACUCUGAAGUGUUCUUAGACCUCGUCACCAUCGAGCUGAUGCCCCCAAAUCCAAGCACAAAGAGAAGGAAAUCGUUUUAUCAGGAUACCAUGGAAUCACAGCUUUCGCAAUUAAAGGGCUCGGAAGACAUGAUGGAGAUUGACGACGAUGACAUUGAAGUUGAAAAUGAAAAUGAAGACCAAAUGCUUUCUGCAUCCCCACAGGUUCCAAAGAACUUGUUACGAAUGGUUGAGCUGAGAAAACAGAAGAACAAGAACAACCAAGUCAUCGCAUCUCAACAAGCCGGGGUUGAUCAUGAGUAUGAAUUUUAUUCAACAGAACAAACGUUCGUUUCUGUCAACACCAUUCGGAUUGAUCUCCCGUCAGAACAAGAGCUUCCUGCGUGGUUUAAAGUACAACGCAAUAUGUGGGAUGAAGAACUAAGGCUAUAA